AUGACUGAAGGCAAUCACAGACAUUGUUGGAGGGCAGUAUGGGGUAAUGCAAACACUGCAAAGCAUAGCUUCAUUAGCUGGCUAGUCAUGCAUGGAAAAAUACUAACUAGAGAUAGGUUAUAUAACAUGGGGCUAUGUAGAGAGAAGGAUUGCACCCUCUGUGGCAACUGUGAUGAAACUAUCAAGCAUUUGUUUUUCGAGUGCGUGUACUCCAAGUACUGCUUGGAGGAGAUCAUGAAAUGGUUGCAAAUACAUGGAAGGAACUUGGAACUAGAGGUAAUGUGGAGCAGACUAGCUAGAAAGGCCCAGGGCAAAAUCAGCAGAAGCUUGCUAUGGGUUGUAUGGACUGCAUUAAUUUACCAUAUUUGGGAAGCCAGAAAUGAAGCCCUAUGGCAGCAGCGUGUACCAAGACCUCAGAGAGUAAUUGUGACCGUACAUAUGGAAACAAAAGAGAGAAUUUUUGAUAUAUUGAAUAGGAAGACAAGAUGUAAAGAUAAAGAGUGGAUAGAAGAGCUUUAUAAGUAG